AGGUGGUGGAAGCGGUCAUAUUCCUUUCGGCCAGUUGUAUCCAUCGCCUCUCCUUCCUCCAUCAGAUCCGCUUCUUCUCCUUCCUCCUCCUUCUCCUCGUUCUCCGUCUCCCUUCUUAGUUGGUGGGAGUUUUGGAUCCUUCGGGUACAAGGCGGCGACCAAAAAGAGUCGCUUUGGGAGCGAACGCGGGCCGGGAGGGAGCGAGAUGUCGUGCUCGUCGUCGUCGGCGUCGGAGGAGGACGAGGGCGUGGAUGCCUACAGGAAAGGGGGGUACCACGCCGUCAGGGUCGGCGAUCAAUUCGCCGGCGGGCGGUACAUCGCCCAGCGGAAGCUCGGGUGGGGCCAUUUCUCCACCGUCUGGCUCGCCUACGACACCCGAUCCCAGAAUUUUGUUGCUCUCAAAAUCCAAAAGAGUGCACCGGAGUUCGCUCAAGCUGCCAUCCAUGAGAUUGAGCUGCUUUCAGCAAUUGCCGAAGGAGAUGCCUCAAAUUCCAAGUGCAUCGUCCGAUUGCUUGACCACUUCAAGCAUGUUGGACCAAAUGGACAGCAUCUUUGCCUGGUAAUCGAGUUCCUUGGCGAUAGCCUACUUCGGCUUGUCAAGUACAACCGCUAUAAAGGCAUUGGGUUGGAUAGAGUGAGAAACAUAUGCAGGUCUAUCUUGGUUGGUCUUGAUUAUUUGCACCGGGAAGUUGGCAUCAUUCACACAGAUUUGAAACUGGAGAAUGUUCUUCUUGUUUCCACUAUUGAUCCUUCGAAGGAUCCAGUCAGGUCUGGGUUCACCCCAAUCCUAGAGAGGCCCGAGGGCAACCCAAAUGGGGGAACGGUGGUCAAUAUGAUUGAGAAGAGGCUGAAGAAAAAGGCAAAGAGGGCAAGGGCAAGAAUCGCUGAGAGGAGAGCAUCAGAUCCACUGGUUUUGCAGCAGGAAAGGAGCUUAGAAGGGAUUGAUCUGGGAUGCAAAAUUGUGGAUUUUGGGAAUGCUUGUUGGUGCGAUAAACAGUUAACUGAUGAUAUCCAGACAAGGCAAUAUAGGUCACCUGAGGUCAUUCUUGGUGCUGGUUACUCAUUUUCCACAGAUAUGUGGUCUUUUGCUUGCAUGGCUUUUGAGCUUGCCACUGGAGAUAUGUUAUUUACUCCUAAAAUUGGCCAAGGAUAUAGUGAAGAUGAGGAUCACUUGGCUUUAAUGAUGGAGCUCCUUGGAAAGAUGCCCAAAAAGAUUGCUACUACUGGAUCCCGAUCAAAGGACUACUUUGACAGGUAUGGAGACCUGAAGAGGAUACGAAGGCUGAAAUUCUGGCCUCUGGAUCGGUUGCUUGUUGAGAAAUACAAAUUUUCUGAGGCCAUUGCCCAUGAAUUUGUGGAGUUUCUAUGCCCUCUAUUUGACUUUGCUCCAGAGAAGCGACCAACGGCGGCACAGUGUCUGCAACAUCCAUGGCUUAAGGUCAGAGAUGCAAAAUCUGGUGGUGAAAAUAAUGAAGCUGGUAUGGAAAAGCUGGAGACUGGUAUGAGUAAGCUUAAAGUUCAGGUGGGGAAGUGAGAAGCUUCAGCUACAUACCGUCCUCUGGUAUCGUCUUCUCAAGUAAUUGUUAUGUCUAUUCCUUUAUACAAGUGGUAUCUUCAAUCAUGAUCGGAUCAUCGGUGAUAUAUUUGGAGAAAGCAGCUUCAACAAAGUAACAUGGGGAUAACAGACAACGCCGCCAUCAGAUGUGUAAUGUGCAAAAUUUAUGUUUUUUCUAUUUUUGUAAGUGGUUAUAUAUUAAUUGAUAAAAGGGAAGGAAUAAGGAGGGGAGGGCCUUGCAUGUCUUUAUGCAUUACAGGCUAACCUUUGAGAGUACAUUACCUGUAUUUUUUUUUUUCCUCGACCUUAAAGUUGAGCCUUGAUGACCUUUUAGGUCAGGAUUCAUUUUGAGAAACUGUGGUGUGGUGUGGGAUUUGCUCGUGUAAUUUGAUCGGUUAAUUUAUUUGCUUACAAGUUUAUGACAAUUCAAAGUUUGCAUA